AUGGCAUCCAAGAUUCUCCCCAUCGCCGUCCGACAUGGCCGGCGCUCCCUACCUCGCCGUUCAUUCCUUCAACCACGCUCUUUCUCCUCCACGCCCUCCAGCUUGAGCGGAACUAUCUACGUUCACCGCCACACCCCGGAAAACAACCCGUCCAUCCCCUUCAAAUUCACGGCGCAGAACCAAACCAUCAUCUCCGAGAUCCUCAAACGCUACCCGCCCCAGUACAAAAAAGCCGCCGUGAUGCCGCUCCUCGACCUCGGCCAACGCCAACACGGCUUCACCUCCAUCUCCGUGAUGAACGAGGUCGCACGCAUCCUCGAGAUGCCGGCCAUGCGCGUCUACGAAGUCGCCACCUUCUACACCAUGUACAACCGGCAGCCGGUGGGCAAGUUCCACCUGCAGAUCUGCACCACCUCGCCCUGCAUGCUGGGCGGCUGCGGCAGCGACGCCAUCGUCAAGGCGAUCGAGGAUUAUCUGGGCAUCCAUCCCGGAGAGACGACCGAGGAUGGGUUGUUUACCUUUGUCGAGGUCGAGUGUCUGGGCGCGUGUGUGAAUGCGCCGAUGGUGCAGAUCAAUGAUGAUUACUAUGAGGAUCUGACGCCGGAGAGCAUGGUGACGUUGCUGAAGGCGUUGCAGGAUAGUGCGAGGAUUGCCGGCGCCAGUGGGAUGGGUGAGGGGUUGGCUGGGAAGGGGGUGGGAGCUAUCACUGGUCAGGAUGAGAAUGUCAAGGCGGGCGAUGUGGUGGGGAAACAGGCGACGAGGGUGUAUGCGGGGCCUAAGGGUGUCAAGGUUCCGGCUCCGGGUCCUAUGAGUGGGAGGAGGAGUUGCGAGAAUUCGGCUGGAUUGACGAAUUUGACCAGUGAGCCUUGGGGUAAGGAGAAAUUGAGGACGGAUGGUGAGCUAUGA